CCGUUGGCGCUGCAGCGCAGGCGCGGUGUCAUUGUGACUGACGUCUGAACGAGAGCGGGAGGGGGAAGAAGGUAAAAGUGGGGAGGAGGACAGACAGCGGAGUGCGGGAGAGAAAUUCAAUCAGUGUGGGCCGGAAGGUUUCGCAAACUCUUGGUGUUGGCCGCAAGAUCCGAACUUAAAACGCUCUGCCGCGCGCUUGCGACCCACCGGAAGUCUGUUGCGGGCCUCGGGCGGUGAGAGGCCCAAGUUACGGCCGCCAUCUUUGUCGGGGGCAAUGUCCCACGCGGGACGGAUGCGCGGACGCCAUGUUUGUAGGGGGCUACAGUGCGUCAGGGAGCAUGCGCAACUUGCCUGGAGCUGCGGAACGAUUUGAAGACAUGGAACUCAAACCAAGCAUCGCAUCAAGUUCUGACAGGUGCACUCGAGUCAGCAGGGCACGAUGUUAGAAGGGGACUGAAAUGGAUUGCCACUUCAGGAUUUAAUGGAGUUGUACAGUUUGCAACAACUUGAAAGUUAUCAGGUUAUGAACAUGGAAGGAAAAGACACUGUCCACACUGCGGAGAAACCGUACACGUGUUCUCUAUGUGGACAGGGUUUCAGCCGUUCAUCUGGCCUGUCGAAACACAAACAUAGUCACACUGGGGAGAAACCGUGGAAGUGUGGGCACUGUGGGAAGGGAUUCAGUUACCCUUCUGAGUUGGAAACUCACCGGCGCAGUCACACCGGGGAGAGACCAUUCACCUGUGCUCAGUGUGGGAAAGGAUUCAUUCGGUCCUCUCACUUGAUGAGACACCAGCGCACUCACACUGGGGAGAGACCAUUCAUCUGCUCUGAGUGCGGAGAGACGUUCACCCUGCAUUCCAACUUCAUGAUUCACUGCCAGAUUCAUAGAGGAGAGAUACCUUUCACCAGCUCUGCAGAUGGGCAGACAUUCAUUGAUUCAUCCACCCUGCAAAACCAGCAAGUUCACACUUGCGAGAGACCUUUCAAAUGUCCAGACUGUGGGGAGUGCUAUAAAAGUUCUGGGGAACUGAUGACUCACCAACGCGUUCACACUGAUAAAAGGCCAUUCAGAUGCUCUUACUGUGGGACUGGCUUCAAGCACUCGUCUCAACUCGUUGUACAUGAGCGGCUUCACACUGGGGAGAGGCCUUUUAAGUGCACAGACUGCGGGAAGUGCUACAAAAGUUCCGGGGAACUGAUGUCCCAUCAGCGUGUUCACACCGACGAGCGACCAUUCAGGUGCUCUCAGUGUGGGACAGGCUUCAAGCACUCGUCUCAACUCACAGCCCACCAGCGCAUUCACACGGGAGAGAGGCCCUUCACCUGCUCCGAGUGCGGGAAGGGAUUUGCUCAGUCAGCUGACCUGCUGACUCACCAGCGGGUUCACACCGGGGAGAGGCCUUUCACGUGCUCGGAGUGUGGGAAGGGAUUCACUCGCUUGUCCCACCUGGUGACACACCAGCGGGUCCACACCGGCGAGCGGCCGUUCACCUGCUCGGAGUGCGGGAAGAGAUUCACUCAGCUCGCCCACCUGCUGACACACCAGCGAGUGCACAAUGGGGAGCGACCUUUCCAAUGCCCAGACUGUGGGAAGUGCUAUAAAAGUUCCUGGGAACUAAUGUCCCAUCAGCGUAUUCACUCUGAUGAGAAGCCGUUCAGGUGCUCUCAGUGUGGGAUAGGAUUCAAGCGAUCCUCGGAACUCACUGUACACCAGCGGGUUCACACCGACAAGAGACCUUUCGAAUGCCCAGACUGCGGGAAGUGCUACAAAAGCUCUGCGGAACUGAUGUCCCACCAACGGGUUCACACUGACGAGAGACCCUUCAGAUGCUCUCACUGCGGGACUGGCUUCAAGCACUCCUCUCAGCUCACUGUCCACCAGCGCAUUCACACUGGGGAGAGACCUUUUAAGUGUCCAGACUGCGGGAAGUGCUUCAACAGGGCUGAUGGACUGACAUCCCAUCGCCGUGUUCACACCGACGAGAGGCCGUUCAGGUGCUCUCAGUGCGGGACAGGGUUCAAGCGAUCAUCCCAACUCACGGUCCACCAGCGGGUUCACACUGGAGAGAAGCCAUUCACCUGCUCCGAGUGCGGGAAGGGAUUCACCCGGUCAUCCCACCUGCUGACGCACCAGCGAGUUCACACCGGGGAGAGGCCUUUCUCCUGCUCCGAGUGCGGAAAGACUUUCACUCAGUCGUGCCACCUGCUGACACACCGGCGGGUUCACACUGACGAGAGACCCUUCAUCUGCACCUACUGUGGAAAGAGCUUCAGGCAUUCAGGCAGCGUCCACGAGCACCAGCGAAUCCACACCGGGGAGAGGCCGUUUCUCUGCUCCAAGUGCGGGAAGGGAUUCACGCAGUUAUCCCACCUGCUGACGCACCAGCGGGUCCACACUGACGAGAGGCCCUUUGUCUGCCCUCGCUGCGGAAGGAGUUUCAGGCAUUCGGGCAGCCUGUUUUCACACCAGCGCGUUCACACCGGGGAGCGGCCAUUCACCUGCUCGGUGUGCGGGAAGGGAUUCACCCAGUCCGCGAACCUGGCGACCCACCGGCAAGUUCACAAGUGACCACGGGUUGGACUCUGCUGUCGCUGUGACUAUUAAUCGCACCCAGGGCUGACCCACGUUAUUCCUGAUGUUGGCAGUUCCUUCCUGCGGAUAAUGUUAAUGACCUCCGUCACUGCUAAUGUUGUGAAUCUGCAGCUGACUGUUCUCCCACUGUUGCAGUGUCCUUUUGAGAACCUUUUGUGUGUCAUCUAUGCUCUCAGUUCAUGAAUUCUCAUCAGAGCUUAGAUUAGAAUGAUAAUCCAUUCGAAAUCCCUACAAUUUAAAGUCUGCACCGGUUAAAUUCUUCAGUGAGAAAGCGCAGAUGAAUACUUGUUGACAAUUCCUACUGUCUUGGAUGUUCCAUACACUGGUCCCUCCAUCAUUCACCAGAAAGAAGGGAAGUUGGAAUUGGGCAAGAAUCCAUAGGCUCCAAAUAUUUUCGCCUGGUACCGAACUCCAGUCAGCUCAGGAAUGAAGAUAAGUGCAAUCUGGUCAGUGGAUUGGAAGAAUCCGUUGACUGGAAUGUUCACAAAAUCCGAGCAUAUUUCUGCAAUAUUAUAGCAUACAUUUUAAAAGCAUUUAAUUAUCUCAAAUGCUAAACUAAACUGUUUCUUCCUUACCAGUGCCUCCCAAACCAUUUUCUAACGUGACCCCAAAGGUAAGAUGGUGGUAUAGUGGACAGUGAAGAAGGUUAGGAGAAAAUGAGGACUGGAGGUCCGCAUCGAGUGUGUGGUGCUGGAAAAGCACAGCAGGUCAGGCAGCAUCCGAGGUGCAGGAGAAUAGACGUUUGAGGGAUAAACAGUUGGGGGGAGGCAGCUGGGAAAGCAAUAGGUGGAUGGAGGGGACGGAGAAGGUGAUA